ACUAGAAUGGGUUCAAAGUGGGUCUGUUUGAUAGCUAUUGCGAUGGUACUACACUCGAAUUCUGUCGAAGGUUUAGCAGAAGUCAUGAGCCACGUGACUGCACAUUUCGGGAAGGCUUUAGAUGAAUGCAGAGAAGAGUCAGGACUAACAGCGGAUAUACUGGAGGGAUUCCAGAAUUUCUGGAGCGAAGAUUUCGAUGUUGUCCAUAGAGAGCUGGGUUGUGCUCUGAUUUGUAUGUCGAAUAAAUUCACACUUAUGCAGGAAGAUGCCAGAAUGCAUCACAUUAAUAUGCACGAUUACAUAAAGAGUUUUCCGCAAGGUGAAUUACUUUCAACAAAAAUGGUUGACUUAAUCCAUAAUUGUGAGAAGCAAUUUGACGAUAUCGAAGACGACUGUACUCGUGUGGUCAAGGUGGCUGCUUGCUUCAAGGUGGACGCGAAAAAGGAAGGCAUCGCACCUGAGGUUACAAUGAUAGAGGCGGUUUUAGAAAAGUAUUAAUUACAUAUAAACGCUCAGAUGUUGUAUAUAAAUUCUUGGAAAUGAGAAUGUGAAAUAAAAGACAAAAGACUAGCACGUUUAUUUGGGAUUGGUUUAAGGGAAAGACUGGUCUUAUCGCAUAUGUGAAAUGCAACAUUUUUUCGUCUUUGUUUUUACUAUAAGAUUCACCGUUACAUAAUACUAAAACAAUUUCUAGUUAUUUUUAUAGUACAGGACUCGAACGGGCGGGAGGCUCACAUUAUGUUAAGUGAUACCGACCAUGAAAACUCUCAAUUCCAGAACUACGCUAAUUAAAACACGAUAUUAAUACAUAAGUACUGUGCUUAUGUGUCAGAUGAAGCAACGAUUAUUCAAUAUAAUUGCUGACCACUAUUCUAAAUAAAUACGGCUAUAAAAUUGUGUAAGUUUUAUAAAGUACAGUAAUGAUUGUGUAGAGCGUUUAUCAUAUAGAAAGACGCCUAAUAUAUUGAUCUAAGUUACUAAGUAAAUAAUUCAUCACGACCUAGGCUUGUAUCAUGGACUUGAAAUUAAAUGUAUAUCUCUGUAAAUGUUUUAUUUACAUUUAUUAAAACACACCUAAACUGGCUACGUUAGCAUUUAUACUAUUAUUUUAAAUUUGAUACUACUGGUGUCUAUCGAUUGCAUUAAUGUUACAGAAAUAACUUAAAAAUAUUUUUAUAAACACUAUCCGGACACAAGAUUAAUGAUAGUUAAUUUGACGUUCCAAACGUUAUCGUUAUAA